CACUCGAAUCCCACAAUCUUUCCUAGUGACAACACGUCCAUAACACAAACUCGAAUAUCGCUGAGUCACCGAGUCACUGAUCCCAGGUCGGUCCGGUGAAAAAGCAAAUUUUUUUUUAUUCAAAUGGAAAAUCAUUGGACUCUCUGAAAUUAUUUGUUUAUUAAACUAAACUGGAAGGAUCGAAUUCUUCACUCACUGUCGAACUCGCGAAAUUUCAUAUUGGCUGUAAAUUGAGCUAACUGGAGGACUUAAAAUGGAGGUCAAUACUGAUACCGUAAAAGAUGGAUCUACUUCUAUUGAAAUUGUUAACUCUGGUGAAAUAUCAGAAUCAAAUAACAUUGAUUCACUUGAAGUUAUCUCGUCUAGUGGAGACAUUGCACUACAGAUUAGAACUGCUGCAGAGGUUUUGACGAAAAUUGAACUAGAUUUAGCAUGUUCCUCAGAGAAGUUGGUCAACUUAGACUUACUUGUUAUGUACGUGGAAGAGAGGGAAUAUGAUUUUGAGGCUUUCAUUUUGAAAGAAGAAUCUACUCUGGAAGAUUCUGAUGAAAAGGCACUUGAAUUCGAUCUUUUAUCUGGGAUUUUGGACUCUGAGGUCAAAGAGCUGGAUAAUUUUCUAACCUCUCUUCAAACGGAGAUUCUAAGUUCCCAAGGGGUUAUAUCUGUAUUCGAGCAGUUCGGCGAAGCUUUUAAGGGAAUGGAAGAAAAGUUAUAUGAUUGUGAGGAAUGCUUAAAGCAGUCAUUUGAGCGGGUCACAGAAAAACGGGCACAAUCUUCCAGAUUCCAAAGGAUCUUGUUGACUUCUGGCAGUGACGAAAACUGGAAGGACAAUAAAGAGGUGGUGAGUUUUGAGAAUGGUGAUCUUUUACACCAAAAUACAAAGAUAAAAAUGAAGACUGUGGAAGAGCAGAGGAAAAUUUUGCAGAUGCUUGAGAAGUCUUUGGCCAGAGAAUUAGAACUGGAGAAGAAGCUUAGCGAGUUUACGCAAACUGAAGAAGAUUUAAAUAUUAAGCUGCAACAAGAAGUUUACUGCAUAGAAGAAGAAGUUGAAGUUACCUUGGAAAGACUGUUUGAGUCAGAAAACACUGCUGAAAUCCUGUUAGGGAUUUCAAAAGAACUAUUGGGACGAGUCCAGAUUUUACAGUUUAAUCUUAAUGCUUCAAUCCAGAGGGAAGAGGGUUUGAGAUCUAAACUUCAAGAUCUAAAUGAACAAUUGAAAGAUAAAGAGUGUGCUUUACAAAACUGUGAGAGCACCCGGAGUGAACUUGUUGAAAAGGCGACUUCACUUCAACAGAAACUGAAAGAUUUUGAGUCUCACUUGCAGACGGUGAAGGAUUCUUCUGACAAGAAUGAAGAGUUAUCCGCUAAGAUUCAUGAAACUGAAAAUAUAAUUGAUCAAUUGAAGGAAAAAGCUUAUGAUGCAGAACAAAGGUCUGAGAGUGCCGAAGCGGAGUGUAAAUUGCUUAGAGAGUCUAAUGUAGAGCUAAAUAAAGACCUUUGUAUCCUUAAGAGUAGCCUUUCUAGUUCAGAUGAGAGGGUGGAAGAGCUUGAGAGGAAAUUGAAGGACUCUGAAAUUAAGCAAGAGCAUGCAGUGGCGUUUGCUGAAGCUAGUCAGGAGAAGCAAAACAUGUUAGAUUGCAUGGUUAAGGAUAUGGAGAAUUUAAUCGAAAAUCUGAAAUCAAAGGUUUCAAAAGCUGAAAGCAGUGCUGAGAAUGCUGAAGAAAAGUGUAUCAUAUUGUCAGAGUCCAAUGCUGAUCUUGUUGAAAGAAUAAAUUUUCUAACGAGUAGAACAGAAGACUUGGAGGCAUCUUUAUAUCAGGCUGAGGAAGCAAAAAAGAAAACUGCAAAGGACAUUGGCGUUCACACCAAAUUUAUAGCAGAUUUAGUUGUGCAGUUGGCUCUUGAAAGAGAACGCCUACAUAAGCAGAUUAUAUCAUUAGUGAAGGAGAAAAGGCUUGAGGUAAAGCAUUUGCCGGAAAUGUGCGUGGAUCCCACAAUUACUACAACUGUGAAUUCCAAGGGAAAUACCAAAGAAUCUAUGCUUUCCAAGAAUGACUCUAGAAAUGCAACUUCUGCUGAAGAAAGUAACGAGCAAACUACCGAGUCUUUAGAUACCAGUCAUGAGAUGGGCAAUAAGCUUGGAGACGCGACUACAAGUGAGACAAACAUGGAGCGUGUUGAUUCCACUGAGCUUGAGACGGUAAGGAAUAUAGAUGCAAAUGUGCUCAACUUCAAGUAUGUCCUCAUGGCACUUGUAGUGUUGAUUCCUGCUUUUGCAGCUUAUUUGUUUCAAAACUAGAUGAGUAAUCUUUAUACUUCUAGCCGCUUCAGCUUCGUCGUGUUCCAAAUAUCUACAUGGAUUUUACAUGUUCUUUUUAAAUGAUCAUAUAAAGUUCUGAAAUAGCAUAGGAAAUGGAAUUUCUUGAUGACCAGAGUUGAGAAAUGGUUUGAUAUAUUAUAGUAAAAACUAGAUCC